AAGAAAAGAAGGCAAAUUAGCCCCUCUGUGGUUGUGGUCUCGCACAACGUGGGAGAAACAAACUCCUUCCUUCCUCCAGGAGCGAAAGAGCGGGCGGGCAGUAGGAGCAGAGGGGUGAGCCAGUGGGAGAGGUGGUGGUGCCGAUUUUAGGAGCUCUCUAAACACAGGCGCGGGGUCCAGUUUAGAAAUGAGACAUCGUUCAGUGCGGCAGGGCACCAGGCGGAGGUUUCCACAAGUCAAUCGCACCACCUAUCAAAACUUUUCACUGUUUAUAUAUUUUAGCAAACAAAGGAAUUAGUGUUCAUUGGCUACAAGUUACCUAGUUCUGUUAUUAGUUAGUAUUCUAUCUUCUGUUGGGUUAAUGGGUUAAUGAGUCUCCCGUGCUAAUUAAUCUGCACCUCAGUCUUUCUCUGCUUAGGAGUCAGGGGGUUUCUGGGGUCGGUGGCCGUGUUCUUCACCUGCCGGAAUCGCCUUUUAUCCUCUCAGAGAUGGUUCAGCAGAGUUGCUGAGUUUAUUAAGUUUCUUACUUAUUAUGGAAGUUCUGCCAAAUGUCUUUGUGGCCUGUAGAUGCUGUGUUCUGUCUGCCUGCUAUCAGUGGUACAUCCUUCUCCCUGAGCUUUGUUAAGCUCACCCUAGGUCUGAGAUCACUGAAACAUGUCCAGCCCUAAACCUUAACAGAGACCUGGACUUGACUUAAAGCUUGUUAGCUGUACUCUUUUUUCAUGGAUUAAAUCUCCUUUCUUGUUGAUUAGGCUUGAAAGUGUACAAAGGCCAAACAUCAAAGAACAUCCUUCCUUAAGAAAAUUUGUAGGUAUUGCACAUUUUGCAGCAAUCAGGCAGGACCCUGUUUCAUAACCCCCUUCUCAUACCCUGUAACUCUAUGGGCUAAAUUGUUAACUAUUUCUGAGUUCUGAGAUAUUUUUAGCAGCUAAUCAGAAAACUUUCUAUCGGUGUGGAAGACAGCUCAUUUGUUCUCUUGAUCAGUGUGUGGCAAGAGAGAUACACACCUGUUCUCCAAGAGCUUUGGGAAAGAAGUUUUUGGGGAAUGGAGGGGGGAGCAAGGAGACAGACCUUUGUGCUGCCUGGGAAGCUUCAUACUUGCUAUUAUUAUAUUACUUGCCAGACAUUACCUUGUUUUCCCUGGUCUGCCAGACUUCAGGGUUCUCUUGGUCUAUGGAAAAUAUACGGGGAAGGUUUUAAGCAAAAGGUGUCUUUAUUGAUCCCGGAAUGUGGCAUGCUACCUGAAGUGCUGAAAAGCACAAUUGCAGAUAUUGGAGAGUACUACCUGGUGAGGAAUUUACCCAUUCAUGAAUUGGUAGCUCAUGAAUUCAUUGAUGCUUUCGUGAAGAAAGGUUCAUGCUACGCACUUACCUAUAAGACAAAAAUUGAUCAAGAUAAUACUGCUGCUCUGCUACCAAAUGGUAAACUAAUUCUGUCAGUGGAUAAGGAUACUUAUGAGGAACUUGGACUGCAAGGUUGCCCUUCUCGGUACUCUGGCAAAAAAGUAAUGCGAUAUAUUAUCACUAUUGACUUGACUGAUGCUGGCUUUCACCCUGAGAGCAAGAAACAUAACAGAGUGCUUUGGGCCUUGAAAGAAAAGAAACCUUUAGAAUUUGACUUCCUACUGGCUUGGUAUAAUACAGGUGCAGAGGGAUCAACAUUGAUGUCAUACUUUUCAAAAAACCAAAUACAGGCCCUGAAGCCAAAAAUAACAUUCAGCACCUUAAGGGACUUGCAGUGUCCAGUGUUAAAAAGUAAUGAUCUACAAGGAAAACCAGAGGAGUCCUGCAGUACAGAGGAGCUCUUUGAAUGGCUGGGUGCUGUCUUGAAUCAAGUUAGCUUAGACAACAAAUCCUCCAGCUUCCUAUCAACCUAUUGCUGUCCUGAGCCCAACACAGUGGUGGAAAAAGCUUUUUUGUGCACAAUCACAGGCUUUAUAAUUCCUGAGAAGAUUAUUCAGUUAUUGGAGCAGCUGUGUUGCUAUUUUGGUGAACCAAAACUGGCACAUUGGCUGACCUUAACUGUGCAUGGCUUUGCAGACAGCCCUGUUUCCUGGAGAGAAAGUGAACAUGGUUUCCACAAAGGAGGAGAGAACUUGUACAACUUUGUCAUUUUUAGAAAUCUGGACUACUGGCUUCACAUGGCUGUAGGAGCUCAUGAUGAUUGUCCUCCAUAAAGUUAUGUCCACAGAAGAAGUUCUCUAAUCCUUGUUAUGGACAGAAAACUAAUAAAAUAUUUUUUGUACAGGUA